AUGCACAAAAAAGAUUGCUUAAUAAACUACUUGAAGAAAAAAAAAAUAGAACAGACUAAUAUCGAAAUUCCAGUUAUACAACUACCUAAAAGAAACAAAAACCAAUCAUCUAAGUUAAAAUUAUGGGAGCUUUGUUCUUGGUUGUCAAAAGAUUAUUUUACAAAAAUUAAAGCUGAUUUUACACCACAUCUUGAAGCAAAUCAAAUUACGGAGCUAACAACAUGGUCACAGUUAGGACAUUUAGCUAGAGAAAGUUGGAUUGUACAGGAAUGUUUAAAGCAAAAAUUAAAUGAUAGAGCUGAUAAUUUCAGAAAAAGAGCUAAAAAAAAAGGCCUCAACAUUACCAAACAGAAUAUACAAGUUGCAAAUAGUGAUAAUGAGCCAGAAGUAGUGCAACAAUUAAAUAGUAAUAAUGAGCCAGAAGUAGUUAACGAAUUCCAAGAAAUGGAUCAAAAAAUACAUUUAAGUAGUGAUAAUGAAGAUUCGGAAUUUUUUGGUAGCAAUUUUUAUGAAAAUUGUGACGGUUCUACCUCUGAUAGUUAUGCAACAUCCUCUUCUACUUCUGGCAGUUAUAUUGAUCCUACUUCAGAUAGUAAUAAUGAGAUAUGUGAAAACAUUUUACCACAAAAUCUUAAAGAGGAGACUCAAUUUCAAUUAUCACCAACUAGUAAAAAAAGGAUGGGAAAUUCAAAGGCUAAAUCGGUGGUAAACUAG